UGCACAGUGUUUGAGGGGGGAACAGUGUUGGCUCUAACAACACUGAGCAUUUCAGGAAUAAAAAAUAAUAAAUAUAUAUAAUACUGAUAAAUAAAAUAAAUAAUCUCAGUCGGCUGUGGAAGCCGCAGCAUCGCACAUCGGAAACGUGAACGGAAAGACGAACGCAAACUGCAGUGUGAGCCACUGUGGCAGAGACAACCUACUGAUUUAAAGACCUGGACACCAGCAGCAGCAGCAGCACGAGCGACGCCAGCACGAGCGACACCAGCAGCAGCACGAGCGACGCCAGCACGAGCAGCACCGAGGAGAAUCGGGUUUAUCCGGUCAGUGUUGGGGAGAGACCGUAAUGAUGCCGGCACGAGAAGCCACCAAGAAGAAACCACCCAAGGACAGCUUAACAUUAUUACCCUGUUUCUAUUUUGUAGAGCUGCCCAUCGUGGCUUCCUCUAUGGUCUCUCUGUACUUCCUUGAGUUGACGGAUGUGCUGCAGCCAGCGCAGGUGGGUUUUCGUUGCCAUGAUCGCUCGCUCAGCAUGCCCUACGUGGAGAGCGGAGAGGAACUUAUCCCCCUGCUUAUGCUGCUGAGUCUCGCCUUCGCCGGCCCUGCUGCUUCUAUUAUGAUUGGAGAAGGCAUUGGGUAUUGCAUGCAGUCCAGACUCAAGAUAGUGUCUGGGAAUGAAGGAAGCAUCAAUGCGGGUGGAUGUAAUUUCAACUCCUUCCUCCGCAGAACUGUGCGUUUUGUUGGUGUUCACGUUUUUGGUCUUUGUGCCACAGCACUGGUCACUGACGUCAUCCAAAUUGCCACUGGCUACCACACACCCUUCUUUCUCACAGUAUGCAAACCCAAUUACACCCUCGCUGGAGUCUCCUGUGACAAAAAUCCCUACAUCACUAAAGACAUCUGCUCUGGUCAUGACCAGCAUGCCAUUCUCUCUGCCAGGAAAACCUUUCCUUCCCAGCAUGCAACUCUUUCUUCCUUUGCUGCUGUUUAUAUUUCAAUGUACUUCAACUCCACUAUCUCAGACAGCACCAAGCUUCUGAAACCUGUGCUGGUGUUUGCCUUCGCCAUUGCAGCUGCCCUGACAGGUCUCACUCAGAUCACGCAGUACCGCAGCCACCCCAUUGAUGUCUACGUGGGCUUUUGCAUUGGUGCUGGUAUCGCUGUGUACCUGGCAUUCUAUGCUGUUUCUAACUUCAAACCAGCACAAGAUCCCAUUCCUGUUCCUGCUCCUCCCCCGCCAAAGGAUGCCCUGCGAGCUCUUGCCCAAAGAGGCCACGAUUCAGUUUACAAUAAAGGUCAUGCAUCUGAGAGCAACGAAGAAAUCACAUCACCAUCUUCUCUGGAUGCCUUGAACCGCCCCAUCCAGCGGGAGAAGGCAUCAUUGGGCAGCCUGAAACGGGCCAGUGUAGAUGUGGAGCUCCUUGCAGCCCGCAGCCCUAUGGGUAAGGAGACUAUGGUGACAUUUAGCAACACGUUACCACGUGCAACAACUGCAGGCCCCGAGGAGCCUACAAGGCGUCUGGUAACGGUGCCUGUGCCUGUGGACCCAAUGCGCUCACAUCAGCUUGUCUCUGAAUGGAAGCAGAGGUCCUUGGAGAUGCGCAGUGCAAGUCUACAGAGUGAAGAGGGCAGUAAGGAGGACUCAGAUCUUGGUGAAGACACCACUGAGGAAGAGAGUGCACCAUCCACAUUAUGCAGUAGCACUUUACCACAAACUGCCAAAUCAGUCAAUGCACCAACUGGAGCGAAGGUAGUGAUGCCCCCUAAGCCACCAGUCCCUCCUCCAGUGUCUCCAAAGAGUGCAAGCACCCGUGCUAAGUGGCUGUCUAUCACAGAGAAGAGUGGGGCCAAUAUUCCAGGUGUGCUCAGGGCAACAAACCAACCUCGCAUCAUGCAGGUCAUUGCUAUGUCCAAGCAGCAGGGUCUUCUGUCCAGUACAUCCAAAUCCUCCGAUGCAUCUUCCUCCUCUGCCACGUCCUCUAUCGCAGGCACUGAGUCACCACCCUACCGCCCACCAUCUGAGCGUGACAGCAGCUCUGGCAUUAUUACUGUAGAUGCCCAUGCCACCCACCACCCUGUUGUCCACAUGGUCUCCAACCCUGCCAAUCCCUGGGAGUGGAGGGGAACCUCCAAUGGAAACAUGACCGAGUCAUACGAACUCAACGACCUGAACCGUGAGUGCUCUAGGGGAUACCGUCAGGUCAAGAACAGCUCACCAUGCUCUUCAAUCGGUGAGGCUGACCUAGAUUCCCAUAAGCCUCUUCAAACCCCUCAGCCUCCUCAACCUCUCAAACUAUCCAAGCUUGAUCAAAGCAUGGAGGGACGCAGUCUGCGCUGCAAAACCCCACUGGUGCUAAUUGACCGGGAGAACCCUCAGAACCAUCAGGAGAAUUUCUACAAAAAGCUGCAUGGUGGAAGACGUUUCAAAGAGUGACAAGGCACAACAUAUAGGAGCACAAAUGAUGCAGGUUGGACACAUAUCACUAUGCAUCACUUAGACUGUCAUUCUCAUUUUGUGCAUCUUUUGGUUUUAAUGACUUUGCUCACUAGUGAGGGGAAAGACCUGAGUGGUUUAAUAAGAAACAUAUCCAGAAAAUGCUGCUUUAGCCAAUACAAUGAGCACAAUAUUUUUGGGCCUAUCUCUGUAGGCUGGAAUUGCACCGAAUCCCAGAGAAGAACGUCUACACCUAUAUAUUUUAUUUACCAAAUUCAGAUUUCAAAUAUGAACAAAAGGCUGAUUACAAGGUAACUGUUUUGUAUUGUGGCCUUUUAUCUGUUGGUACUUGAUUUUUAAGCACAUUUGUCUGUGCCUAUGAUGUCAAGUGGAUUUCAUCUAUUUAUGUAUUUUAAUGUGGUACUAUUUAAAAAAAUAUAUAUAUAUAUAUUGCCUUGGAAAAAUAAUACUUUAAUAUAAAAAAAUUAAAGGAGGAUAAAUUGGUCAACUUUCUCCUCAUACAGGAGAGAGUUUGACUUCUUUUGCUUAAAGAAAUACUACACUCAAAGAUGCUUGGCUUGGAAAAGUUCUACCACUACUGCAUUUUUCAGUGUAAGCCAGUGAUAGGAAAUGUAUCUGUAUUAAUACAUGGAGCUUGCAGGACCAUGUGCUCAGAUUCUUCAAACUUUAUGGUGAAAGGGUCCCGUCUUCAAGCCACCAGGCACAUCGGGCGACGGAUACUUGGAAAUAUAUCUGUCGUUUUGGUGCCAGUUACUUACAGGGUCGGGUUGCCAGCUUGACAGCCGAUUGUAUCAGAGCACUUAGGGUAAAGGACCUUGCUCAAGGGUUCAGCAUUAAAGGUGUUGGGGCUUGAACUGGGAAGUAAAUGGUAGUUAUUGAUCAGUAACUAUUGAUCUUAUUGCAAAAGUCCUCUGGAAAAAGUACAAUGUUUUUGCUAUUUUUAAUAAAGUCGUUCAUAAAAUCACUAUUCUGAGCACAUAAAAAUAAAGCACAGGGACGUGCCUCAUGGGGCAGAUGGUUACACUUAUAGAUUCUAGUAAUAAACAUGUGCUAAUACUGUAAGUUUAAGGCAUUUAACUGUCUUCAUAUUUCUGCUUAUAUUUUUCUCUGGUAUUGAAAAGCCUGUGGCUCGUGCUCGCUUGCCGAUGGACUACUGCAUGUUAUGUUAGUGGUUGUAUCAGUUGGAAGUUCAGCCUUAUCACAGUGAUGAAUUAAACUUGAUCAGUGUCUUUGUAUUGUGUGACAAAUAAGGCACAUUAAAAGUACAGUGUGCAGAUGUGAAGAUUGAAUACGAUACAAUACAAUGCAAUAUAACUUUCAUACUUCGAUAAUAUUGCGAAACCUUUCAGAACAGUUGGAAAACCAUGAUA